GUGUGGCAUCAGUUGUGAAGGCCGGAGUGUGCUUCCUCCAUAAAGUGAUUCUGGAACGUGAAAUGAUAUAGAACUUUUGUGGGUUACAUCUAAUUUCUGUUAGUUGAAAUAUGUCUCAACAACUGAAAGAUUUUGCUAGCCGUCUUCCCAAAGGUGGCGGUGGACUAGGCACUGGUUUAAAACUUUUAGUUGCUGCUGGAGGUUUAGCGUACGGAUUAGCUCAGUCCGUUUAUACCGUUGAUGGUGGUCAUCGAGCUAUUAUAUUUAGUCGCAUCGGCGGUGUGAAAAAUGACAUUUAUAGUGAAGGCCUUCAUUUUAGGAUUCCUUGGUUUCAGUAUCCUAUUAUAUAUGACAUAAGAGCCAAGCCUAGAAAAAUAUCUUCACCCACUGGCAGUAAAGAUCUACAGAUGGUGAAUAUUUCCUUGAGAGUUUUAGCACGACCCGAUGCAUUAAACUUGCCCCAUAUGUACAGAAUGCUAGGAACAGAUUAUGAUGAAAGAGUUCUUCCUUCUAUUUGCAAUGAAGUUUUAAAAAGUGUAGUAGCAAAAUUUAAUGCAUCUCAACUGAUAACGCAGCGUCAGCAAGUAUCUUUGCUUGUAAGAAAGGAGUUGAUUGAACGAGCUAGGGACUUCAAUAUCAUUCUAGACGAUGUAUCAAUAACUGAAUUGAGUUUUGGGAAAGAGUAUACUGCUGCUGUUGAAGCCAAGCAGGUAGCUCAGCAAGAAGCACAACGGGCUGCUUUUGUUGUUGAACAAGCGAAGCAAGAACGUCAACAAAAAAUUGUACAAGCUGAAGGUGAAGCUGAAGUUGCCAAAAUGUUAGGUGAUGCAAUUUCCAAGAACCCGGGUUACUUAAAAUUGCGAAAAAUUCGGGCUGCACAGAACAUUGCUCGUACAAUUGCAAAUGCUCAGAACAGAGUUUAUGUGAACUCCAGUUCUUUGAUGUUGAAUAUUGCCGACAAAGAUUUUGACUUGGUUGCCUUAGGAUCUUACAAUAAGCCAAAAUAGGAAAAUCUUUGAUAAUGUUUGAUUAGAAAGAACCUUAUUUAAUAAGCUGUUCAAGAUAAGUCUAGGUGUUAAUAAAUAUAUCUACGUAGUUGUAGUUCAUACAGAAAUUUCAUAAUAAAAUAAUCAAAACAUAUU